CUCUUCUUCACAAAUCCACAUACCACAAAACUUCUCUUCAUUCACAAUGGGUUGGUUCGACGAUAGCUCUGAUCAGGCUCAGGCCUACGAGGAGGUCACUCAGCGACCUCACGAAGCCAAGUGGUCUCACGAGCUCAUCGGCGGCGCUGCCGCUUACGAGGCUGCCAAGGCCUACGAGGACCACGUUGCCCAGAAUGGCCACCCUGACGAGCACGCCCAGGCCAAGGAGAUCCUCGCCGGUGCCAUUGGCUUCUUCGUCGACCGUGAGGUUGAGACCAAGGGUCUCGACUUCAUUGACCGCGAGAAGGCCAAGCGUCACGCUCAGCAGCAGGCUGAGGAGCAGCUCAACAACCAGUACGGAGACCGAUGGUAAAUACAGUCAGAUAGAAAAGAAAAAUCGACAGUGCCAUUGAAUCCAUUCG